AUGCGAUCAACUCGCUCACUGCGUUCUCAUGCGACUCCACGCUCGUCGCUUGAUGGACAAGAUGCUAACAUUUCGACAAGGUCUGGUCGCCUCACACGAGGAGCCGCAGCCGCGACCACUGACCCCGCUCCUUCGGUGACUGUGUCACGAUCAUCUCCAGGCUCGUCGCCCGGCGCCAAGUCUAUACAUCUCACAGUCAAGAUGUCUUCAAGCAAAUUGCGUCAAGUGACCAACAGCAGAAGCAGUCGAGCGACUGCUUCUGCGUCUACUCGGCACAAUAUCUUUACUGAAGACCCUGUUGUUCACGGUAAGCGUAGCAGUAGGAGCAAUAGGAAUCUGAAAGAAAUUAGUGAGGAUGAAGAGGACGACGAUUUGGAUGAGGAAGAUGAUGACGAUGUUGAAGAAGUCGAUGACUCGGAAGACGCCGCUGGCGAGGAAGAGGAGCUCGAUGCAGAUGGCGACCUAGAUAUGGAUGAUGAUGAAACACCUCAGCCAGCAGUGUCCAGGCGAAACAAUCGCCAGCGGCUGGGACUUGCGACUACCAAAUCCAAGCCAGUUAAGCCUGUGGAACAGAAAGAAAUGGAACUUGCAGAUGACGACGACGAGAAUGAAGAGUUGUCUGAAUUGGACAGCGACGCUGAAGGAGAACCUGAAGAUACCUUACUUCAAGACGAGGAAAUGAUCGAAGCCGGUGAGGAAGAGGAAGAAGUGGACGAGGACGAAGAGGGUAUCGAAGAGGAGGAAGAGGACGAUGGGCUAGGCUCAGAUGACGACAGCACGCUAGACUUGACCAAAUUGACUAAACGUCAACGGGGUUCAUUGGGCACUGAUUUCUUGCAAUUACCAAUGGAACCGCAAGUCAAAAAACAUCUCACUGCAGAAGAGCAUGCUAUGCGACGGGCUGAAAUGGCACGACGGAGAAAGAACUUGAGCGAGAAACGAAAUGAAGAAGAAAAGAUGGAUACCAUCAACCGUCUACUCAAAAAACAAGCACCGAAACGCCGUGGACGUGUGCCCGUAGGCGAAUUGGGUGGCGAGGCUACCCCCGACGUCGGUGUUGAGCCUGAAAAAGCAGACACAACGUGUAUUCGCUGGAUCAGCACUACUGAAGGAUGCAAAGUAGCAGUUCCGACUGAACUGCUCGGGACACCAGCUUCUCGUCCAUUCGGGGGAUUUUCUGGGGCUGUGGCUCCAGGAAGCAAACUUAUCGAAGAGGUUUGA